AUGGCGCGAAAAGCAAUAGCAAAAGACCAAAUCGUCAAACUGAUAGUGGGCGCAGGGCAAGCGUCGCCCUCGCCCCCCGUCGGUCCAGCACUGGGUAGUAAAGGUGUGAAGAGCAUGGAUUUCUGCAAGGAAUUCAACGCCCGCACCGCCCACUACACACCCGGCACCCCCGUCCCAGCCCGCAUAACCGUCCGUCCCGACCGGUCCUUCCACUUCUCGCUGCGCACUCCCCCAACCGCAACCCUCCUGCUCUCCGCCGCCGGCGUGGCCCCCGUGAAGAACAAGGUCCGCGGCGCCGGCAAUGUCCCAGGUCCGAUGAACAACCACGAGGGGCAAAAGGGCAAGACGAGCACGAGCAGUCCGACGGUGGGAAAUGCGGUCAAGGGCACUGUCGGCACCAUUAGUCUCAAGCAUGUCUAUGAGAUUGCGAAGAUUAAGCAUAGUGAGGCGAGGUUGAGUGGGUUGAGCUUGGAGGGAAUUGCGAGGAGCGUGGUGGCGCAGGCGGCGAGCUUGGGGGUCGUUGUCGUGCCGUAG